GUCAUUAAAUCUUGUAAGUCGACUCAUAUACUGUUGAGCUGAUUGUCUGCUGAGUGUGUUUGGUAUAAAAUACAUUGUUAAACCAGAGAUUACAUGAACGAUUUAAAGUGUAUUUAAAGUUGAUCUUUCCUGUCACUGAUCAGUGAAGAAGACCACUUAAGUUUCAACUAUCAGCUCUUUUUCAACUGCACCGUCAUAUUUCAGCACAACAGAACCGAAUCUACGAUCCAGAAAGAAAAGAAACAAUAACAACAACACAUUUCCAAUAUUUUAGAAUGUUGAAUAUUGCAAUAAUCAAAGUCAUUUAUGUCAAUUUUAAGACAGUUAUUGUGUAUUCAACAGUAUAAUCAGAAUCAGUGUUGUGUUGUUUUGUGUUUAAUGUUGUGUUCAGAUCUGUCUUCUGUCGCUGGCGGUCUGGGUUUGGUUCUGCUGGUUCUGGUUCUGUGUUCUGGAACGUUCCUCGUCCUGAAAAAGAGGAAAAGGAAAUCUGGGACAGACUGUCCACAUGUAUGAGAUCACAAACAGUGACCCUGGAUCAUCUGAUGACAUCGCACAAGUCUCUACUGUUUAUGCCACAGCAACCAAUCAGCAGCCUGAUUCAAACCCCAGUCACACCCACUCCACCAAUCAGGUGACAGAUACAGACUGUGAUUAUUAUGUUAAUAUGAAGCCGCCUGAACCAACAACAGACAGCAGAACAGAACUGAUCUACUCAACAGUGACACAUCCACAAAACAUCAAGACAAAGAACGGACCGAUAUAUUCAGUGAUCAAACAUAAAUAAUAAAAUACUGUAGAAACUUCUGCAACAGACAUCUGCACUGAUGCUCAAAGUGAAAAAACAUGGUGGUACAAACAACAUAUUUUUAAUGAAUUAAUAUGCUGGCACACUUUUCUGAGUUUUUAUCAGUAUUUUAAAAACUGUAUAAUUUGUUACUAACAAGAAAAGUUACUAAAAAAAAGUGAACUUAUGUAUUCUUUAUAAAUUAUUCUUAGUAAACUUCAUUUACAGUUAAAUAACAUGAAACUAAAUAUUUUGUGGAUAAACUCAAAGCGUUUUAGACCCCGUUCUCACAGGUGAAUUAUCUUAAUACCAGGAGUAAACAGGGCCUUGAUGAGUUUGUUUGAUUGAAAUCUGCUCUAAACUAACGGCGCUGCUGAAAUAAACAAUAGAAAUAAUCACAGAAAUUGUAAUGGUUUCCUCUACAAAUACCAUUACAAACCAUCAACUAUUAACCAUUAAAACCAUUACAAAAUGGUUUCCUGAAGUGUGUUUUGGGACAUAUUCCAUAAGGAUGUAAUGAUUUUAACAAGCCACUAAUAAAAGUUGACAAAUUACCUGUAGAGACCCACAGAGACCACAUUACAGUUUCCAUUAAAUCCAAUACAAGUCCCGUUAUAACCAGUAAAACCAGCACAAAUUCUGUAAUGGUUUCUAUUGUUUUUUGUUUUGUUUGUUUUUUUCAGCAGGUGGUGAACUCAUGAACAAUAGACUAACUAUUGAAGGUUAACUUAAUGAAACAGUUGUUACGAAAGCUAAAAUCUUGAAUUUGAUCAAAUAUACACUCAUGAAUGCAAGUACUGUGCUGUUUAGGUCUGUAUAAUAUAUGGACAGAAGGCACUGUUUAGAUCGGUGUCAUUGUGAAGAUGUUGUUUAAAGCUGGAUGUGGUUAAAGAGACAGAAAGGGGAAGGAAACAUGAUGCUGCAUUUCUUCACUCAGCUCGGAAGAGAAAGACUGUAACGUUUGUCACAGAAUUUGGUCUCAUAUUACAGUAAAAUGUUCAGCGUGUGUGUCGUUCUGCUCGUCUUUUCCAGCAUCUGUACAGUUGUUGUUGGUGCUCCAGAAACAGUCACAGGACACAGAGGAGAGAGACUAGACAUCAGAUGCAGCUAUGAAUCUGGAUAUGAGUCAAAUUCAAAGUAUUUUUGUAAAGGCGAGUGUAUCUUUGGACUUAGAAACAUCAUUGUUAAAUCAGGAUCUCCAGCUGAAGAUGAGAGAUUAUCUCUGACUGACGACACGACGGCCAGAGUUUUCACCGUCAGCAUCACUGACCUGAGAUCAACUGAUCAAGGACUAUACUGGUGUGCUGUGAAGAGGACUUUAACUACUGAUGUCUAUUCAGAGAUACUGUUGCUGCUUAAACUUGAAUUGAAUCUACAAUCCUCCAGCAUCACAGUCACAGAAAGAAAAGAAACAAUCACAGAUCAGCACAGCUCCUCAACAGGUUCAUUUGUGAUUAUCGUCACUGCAGAGGUUUUGGUUUUACUCCUGAUAGGACUUCCACUGAUUAUAGUGGCUCUGUGGAAGAAAAAGAAGAAUAAAGGUCUGCUGUCGUCCUCCAUCGAAGAGUUUAAUCCAGUGAUUUAUGAACAGAUGAAAGACGCUGGACGUCACUGUAAUCCAGAGGACAGAGACACAGAAACAUCUGUAGUUUACAGCUGUGUUUCCUAAACUUGUGUCUUAUGAGUCCCUACAGACCCAUCAGUGAGACUCAAGCAUCUCUUUAUCAACACAACAACACAAAUGAGUUCAAUUGAACUAAUAUAAUAUAACAUCAUAUUUAAUAUGAUACUAAAUAUGUACAUUUUGGCAAGCACCACUAAUAUAUUGCAUUUAUGAGCAUGUUGAGAACCAAGAGAAAUCAUCUUCACCUUUCUCAUAAUUUUCAUGAUUUUACUGAAAAUCAGUCAUAAUUGAGCUUAUUUUGUUUUCUUUACUCACAAUCUUUUUUUAUUAUGUUUAUUGUUGUUGUUAUAAUUGUUCAUUGCAUGUUUAAAUCUGACAUGCACAAAUAUGGAUAAUUUGAAUGUAUUCAUUUCUGAAGUUGAGUCUCAUGAGUUACUGCAAUCUGCAGCUUAAUGGACAAAUUAAACCAUGUUAUUCUGGA